UUCUAUCUCAUUAAUAUUAUUGUUCUGCUACUGACUAUUAUUUAGUUGCUUCCCACCUAACUUCACAUUUUGCUAAAUUAGCUUCACUUCAAUAUCUCCAUGGCUGCUUGCAUCUUCUUCAUUAUUUUUGCUCUCACUUCCUAUGCAACUGCACUGGCCACCCCUUCACUGGAUCUCGUCCAAUCAUCGUGCCAGAAUGCCACCUUCCCUAAGGUCUGCGUCCACACUCUCUCCAUUUACAAAGGACCCGUAAGCACACCUCGUGAACUGGCACAGGCAGCGAUCAAAGUCAGCAUCUCUCGAGCCAUCAAUGCAUCAAAGUAUCUUUCCAGCCUACAAAAGGAAGCUGACCAGAGAGAGAAAGGGGCUGUGAAGGACUGUGCUAGCCAGAUAGCAGACUCGGUGGAUGAGCUGAGAGACACGCUGAGUGAACUCAAAGAGCUCAGAAGAGCCACAUUCAGGUGGCAAAUGAGCAAUGCCUUGACAUGGGUCAGUGCAGCAUUGACCAACGAAGAUACAUGUCUCGAUGGGUUCAAAGAGGUCGAAGGCAGGGUUCGAACCGAUGUCAAACAGAAGGUCACAUAUGUCGCAAAAGUCACCAGUAAUGCUCUCUAUCUAAUCAAUCGUCUUGAUCACCCCUGACCUCACGUUAAAAAUAUUCUAUCAUCAUUUAUAUAAUUACAAUUAUCAGUUAAUAUGUAAUAUAAUCAUCUAAACCAAUUUUAAUAUUAUCUUGCUUGUUAUAUA